AUGUCGGCGCAUGAGCAGAUGCAGCUCGAAUGUCCUGCGUGGUCCAGCGGGAGCAAGCACAACGCAGACUGCAAGGCCGAGGACGUCAGCGAGGCGGUCGGGACCAAGGACGUGGCCAGGGGCCCCAAGUCGCACAAGCAGGAGGGCACGGGCGCUCCGAUGAAGCUCAUCACCCUGACGGCUCGGCUCCUCAUGUCGGUGACUCGCGAGGCGACAGACAUCUCCUCAACCGUGUUCGUUCAUUACGUGGUCUCGGCAGGCAGCGCCCUGGCGGCGGCUCUCGUUCUGACAGGAAAGGCUCACACCGAGGAGAGCCAGCGCCUCCGCGAGCCGAAGCAGGGCGGCGAGGACGUGUACUUCAAAGCGGGAG